GAAUAUGGAAAAAGGUGGUGUUUCAUUUUAAGUUGAAACUGAUAUUUGCUUGUGCUAUUAGUUAAGUUCUUGGUCAUUACAGCAAAAUACUAUGGUUAAAAUUAGAACCUUUGUAAAUCGCUAGUAUAGAUGUACAUAUUUGUAUACUUUCUUCACAAUACAAAUCAAAUUGGAGUAAAUUCCAUACGGUGAUUUGCUUUAUUCCACCAAACAAGGAGGUACAGUAGUUGUCUAAAGCUAGUAUAAAACCCCCAAAAAACAAAUGAAAGGAAGAUAUUAAAAAAAAUAAAAAAAAAAUAAAAAGUGUUAGAAAAAUUUGCAAGGUGGUUGACACUUUCUAUAAAUUACCUACUUACUAGUGAUAAAUUGGUAAUGAAAGAUCCUUCAUAUAUCCCAUUAGAACAAGCCACAUUACACAUCCAAAAAAAAAAAAAAAAUGGUUUGCUCCUCUCAUCCAAAAACUUCCCUAAAAUCAUCAUCUACUAGCAUAAACUCUUUGAAGCUUAAGAGCUUAGUACAAUCCUUUAUUUUCUCCCACAUAUAUAGAGCUAUAACGAAAGCGAAAUCAUUAUUAUUACAAAUUAUGAAGAAGAAGAAGAAUAAUGUGAAGUUGUUUGUUGGUUCAUUUAGGUUGCAUUAUAAUUGGUGUUCUUCUCAUGUGAUGCCAGUGCCUGUUCCAACAGCAUUUGAUGUCUACUAUGAUUCUACAUGGAAUUCUAUUAUUUCUAGUGCUUGUGAUGAGUCUGAACUCUCUGGCUAUCUUCAAUGGCUUGAAGAAAAGGACAAUAAUGAUAUUGAUAAGCUUGCUGAUAUGUUCAUUGCAAAUUCACAUGAAAGGUUUAGGUUGGAGAAAGUUGAAUCUUAUAGAAGAUUUCAAGAAAUGUUGGCUAGAAGUGUAUGAUCCAAUAUUAUUUUGGUGGUGUUGUGUGUUUUCAUAAUUUUUUCAUAUUUCGGAGGGUGCAUGAACUUUUUUUUACUUUGUUUAAAUUUAGAGAGUUAGGUCUUGUGGGAUUAUAUUAUAACCAUAGAAUAUGGAGUAAUGAGAAGGAAAAUUUGUUGGCUAGAUGUGAUUAUGGAUAAUUAUGCAAUUCUUCUUAUUGCAAUAUGUUUAUACCUUUGAGAUCUGAAAUUUUAUUACAAUCCUUCUACUAAA